AAUCCGGGGCCAGCAUGCAGACGCGUAUUGGCUGUUGGGGCUCCUUAGGGGGGGGGACUUGGAGUUGGACAUGUGGCCCUUUUUCCUCACCUCCUUUGUCGACCAAGGCUAUCGCCGCCAUCCUCCAAGGCUCCAAGUGCCUCUCAAGCGCCCCCGCAGGCAUUCUGCUGCGUAUUGCCUGGUGCCAAUACUCCGUACCCAAAGUACGAAGGUGGGAAGUACGGAUACAACCUGCAGGCUGCUUGGACUCAAGAGAGACACCGCCGCCAACGCCGCAUCCAUCCUUGAAUCCUGGAUCGAUCAUCGCACUUCGCGCGCGCAGUCUUGUCGCACGCACCCGCCGACGUCGAGUCACCUGCCAAUCUGUCCAGGUUGCGUUGAGUCUAUCCAGUGGAUGAAGGGCCGUCUCGACCCCUCCAGUUGCUCAAAAAAUUCCCCACGGAACCCGCCCGACGCGACGCACUUGGCACCCACAACCAGAAAACUCCACCAUCUGAUUCUGCGAGCCUGCAAGCUACCAUACUACUAUACCUACUUGCUGCGUACGAAUACGGUCAUAUUGGUACUUUGUUACGGAUACCUUGCCAUACCGCUGCUGCUGCUGGGCAUGAAUUGCUUCUCGUCUCCCUUGGCUCCUGUGCGCCGUGCUUGACUCGGUGGCCGGCCAAUCCUGACAACCAAGCGCCGAUAUUUCAUUUCAUCCCAUGCUCCCUUCCCCCAGGCUUGCGGCUUACGGCUUGCGGCUUGCCAGGGCACGAUA